UGUAGUGAUGGCAGGGGGAGAGCCCUCACGGCUCACAGAGGAAUGAAAACUUGUGUCGGGGAUGGCGGACAAACCUCUGACGGUGUUCGUAAAGCUGUUCGCCGCUGGGUUUUACGGAGUGAGUUCGUUUUUCAUCGUCGUGGUGAACAAAAGCGUCCUCACCAACUACAGGUUUCCUUCCUCAAUAUGUGUCGGAAUAGGACAAAUGUUGGCCACAGUGAUUGUGCUGUGGGUGGGCAAGGCUGCGAAGGUGAUCAGCUUCUCCGACUUUGAUGAGAGCAUAUUUCGCAAGACAUUUCCUCUACCUCUUCUUUAUGUGGGAAAUCAAAUCACUGGUCUGUUUGGAACCAAAAGGCUCAACCUGCCCAUGUUUACUGUCCUCAGGAGGUUUUCCAUUUUAUUCACCAUGAUGGCUGAGGGAUUUCUGCUCAAAAAGAAAUUCUCCAGGCCAGUCCAGCUGACAGUAUUUACAAUGAUCCUUGGGGCGUUUAUAGCUGCCAGUGCUGACUUGUCUUUUGACCUGGAAGGCUACGUGUUCAUCCUUCUGAAUGAUGUACUGACUGCAGCUAAUGGAGCCUAUGUGAAACAAAAAUUAGAUGCAAAGGAGUUGGGGAAAUAUGGAUUGUUGUAUUAUAAUGCAUUAUUUAUGAUACUCCCCACUCUGCUGUUGGCUCAUGUGACUGGAGAUAUGCAGAAGGCAGUAGAAUAUGACGGCUGGGCUGAUGUGCUUUUCCUCACCCAGUUCAUCCUCUCAUGUAUCAUGGGGUUUGUGCUGAUGUACUCUACUGUGCUGUGCACGCAGUACAACUCUGCUCUGACAACUACGAUCGUGGGAUGCAUCAAGAAUGUCCUGGUGACGUACAUCGGGAUGGUGUUCAGUGGAGACUACAUUUUCUCCUGGACUAACUUCAUAGGUUUGAAUAUCAGCAUUGCAGGCAGCCUGAUUUACUCCUACAUUACAUUCACAGAGGACCAGUCCAGCAAAACGAGUGAAAACAACAAGCUGGACAUCAAGGGCAAGGUGGUUGUAUGACACAGACACUGGAUUCAUUUCAUUCUUAUUUUAUACUGAUGAACUGAAGAACCCUAUUUUUAGUACGACUUCUAUUUAUGGAGUAUGUCAGUAGCAGAGGUGGGAAGUCUGGCGGCGUCAUAGCGACUCUGCCUGCUGCUGCUGCUGAUACUGCCAUGGUAAUGAAUGAAACCCUCCAGAGGGAUUGUGGGUCAUGUUUUAGGUGUUUUCCUGCUUAUAUAUUUGUAUCUGAAUACUGUAUAGUGAGUACUGAGAAGAAGGGAGACAUGGAGUAGUGUUAUUAAUGUUGCAUCAUUUGCUGACAUUUAAACAAACCAAACAUUAAAUGUUUGGACGAGUCGUUUUAAGGGUUUUUACUUAUUGUUGGAAAAUCAUGUCAUGCUUCUUUUUAAAGGCACAAUUCUUAUUUUGUCUUUUUCUGUUUUGCUGUUAAUAAGAAAUGUUACUUCAGAUGCCUUCAAAGAACAGUGAGAUGCACUGACGUCUGUUACUUUAGUCUUCAGUACUAUUUCUUUCUUCUUCUUUUUUAGUGUGGAUACACUGUUGUAAGCAUGUUAACCAACAGAAAUCUAACCUCAUCCUUUAAACAACCAAAGUGGAUGGGUAGUGGGCCUGUUGAUUCCCAGUCAGGAUCGUGAUGUUAAAUAAUGUCGCUGCCUUCUUUUUGGGAGAUCAUUUAGUGUUAAUGGUUUACAUUUGGCUUCCUCAGAUUAACAGAAUGUUUGUCGUGGAUGUAAGUGAUAGUCUCUAUGCAGAAUUAACAAAUAAGGGGACCCGUUUUUUUUUUUUAUACACAAUGUUCUCGCACUUUUAACUUGAGAUUGCUCCUGCAUCCACAUCUGUAUGUUGAAUAUGGGAUUAUUGUAUAUUUGUGACGCAUACAUUUCAGGUUUUAUAUGCUGUUCAAGAGAAACAUGGUUUUUCAUCAUGGUUUCUUCACCUUGAGUAAACAGGUACAAGUGUUGUGUUUUUUUGUUUUUUUUUUACAGUUUUAUCUACAUCGUUUUAUAUUUAUUACUUUUCUUAGAUUAAUAUUAAUUUUUAUAGAUUGUGUUGAUGCUGAUUUCAUCUCAAACACAUUGGAUUUGUAACUAAAACACGAUGAUGUAUUUUUACAUUAAAAACCUUGUUGACACAAUA